GGGCGCAACGCUCGUCACGGUAAAUUUAGAUAUACGUUUCCUUCCCCGGACGCGGGCAAGAUUACGUGCCGCCUCCAGGCCCGGCACCCGGCGCGUAUCUCUGUGUCGUUUCCUGUAUUUGUACGCUCCAGAGUCGUCGCCUUUUCGUAAGUUUGCGAUGCAGAAUACGCAGUACAGAAUCCGUUCUCUCUUCUCUUUCCUACGUCCUUUCCUUUCACCGGAAACACUUUUUCGCAUUCGUCGUUAUCUUCUGUUUCGUAAUUCAACAAGACCGCAGUCUCCUUCCCCUAGCCGUCAUGUCUUCCGAACCCAAAAACGUCUCCCGCACCUCAGACUUUGAGAUCGAUGUCGAGGAAGUUCACAUCUCAUCUCAAACACGCAUCCUGAAAGCUGUCGACUCUGCAAGGGUUGCUCUGACCGCUCUGGCUCUUCUUGCAAGUAUCACAGUUCUCGGCGUCUCGGCAGACGCCCUGGCAGUCUACGAUGCCACCCACGUGCCCGCCGACUACUUGCUCCCAUUGUGGCCAGACGCCUUCGACCUACGCCCAACAGUAGCUCUGGUUGUGGGGGGCUCGAUUCUCACCAUUACCAACACGGUCUCUCUGCUCUUCAGCCGAGUUCAAUCACUGCGUGGCCAAACUCUCAUUCACAACUCGCUAAUAGCGGCGGCCCCCGCAUUGGGGCUGAUUGCAUCGAUCAUCGCUAUGUCCUUCUUUUAUAGCAUCAACGCAUCGACCACUGUCGACACCCUUCAGAGCUGGAGCUGCCGGUGGUCUUCGGUUGUGAUGAUGACACGCCCGCACUUUGGCACUCUUUGCAAACAGAGCAAGGCGGGCCUCUAUUUGUCCGUUUUGCUGAUCCCAGUCGAGGCUAUCAUCUUGGGAGCUGGUGCAUACCAGAUGAUCCUUCAAAGGAACGUAAGCAGGUCCAGCAGGGUGGUUGAGCAACAGCGCAAGUCUGGAAGCCCUGUACCGUCGUCAGUCCGCGAUAUCGAAGGAGAGCAGCACUGAUGGGAACGGCCUGGGACUCACAAGGGUUUGGGAGACGUAUAUGUCGUCUAGUUGGCGUCCGCUGGUCGGCUCGAGCGAAGACAGCGACGCCGGAAACGGACAUGGACCUCUCGCUGGAAUGGAAG